AAUUCCUGUCAAAUCCCACAAGGUUGGUAGCAUUUGCCGCUUCGAUACAUUCUUGCACCCGCGAUGUGUUUAUAAGUAAAUUUUCUACUAAAAUUGGGAUUUAUAAUAAGCAUUUUCCAUCAUAUUUGUGUUGUGAACAAAAAUGGCCCUCUUUUGUGCUAUUUCAAAUGAGGUUCCAGAGCACCCAGUGGUGUCCCCAUCGUCAGGAGCCGUGUUCGAGCGGCGCAUUAUCGAAAAGUACAUCCAAGAAAAUGGGGUAGACCCUAUCAGUGGCAAAGAGCUAGCCGUGGACGAGCUAAUAGAAAUCAAAACGCCACCCAUUGUGAAACCGAAGCCCCCGAGUGCUACAAGCAUUCCAGCCACGCUGAAGCUGUUGCAAGACGAAUGGGACGCUGUGAUGCUCUACAGCUUCACUCAGAGACAGCAGCUGCACACUGCGAGGCAGGAGCUGAGCCAUGCUUUGUAUCAGCAUGACGCAGCUUGUCGUGUUAUUGCCAGGCUGAAUAAGGAAGUGACUGCUGCUCGGGAGGCUUUAGCCACUUUGAAGCCUCAAGCAGGCAUUACGAGUGUUCCACAGCCGGCUGUUGCUGCUGAGCCCUCUGGAAUAGCUGCUCAGCCAAUAGAGCAAGCCGGCAUGAGUGUUGAAGUUAUCCAAAAGUUGCAAGAAAAGGCCACAGUCUUGACACAGGAGAGGAAGAAACGGGGGAGAACCAUUCCAGAAGAUUUGGCCACUCAAGAGCAAAUCCGAUCAUUUAAGAACUUGGCCUCUCUGAUUGGCCUGCAUUCCUCAAGUAUUCCCGGGAUUUUAGCAUUAGACGUUCAUAGCACGGACACCAGCAAGGUUUUAACGGGAGGCAACGAUAAGAAUGCCACUGUAUUCAACAAGGAUACUGAACAAGUUGUGGCUUUCCUCAAAGGCCACACGAAGAAAGUCACUAAAGUAAUUUACCAUACGAAUGAGGACAUUGUCUUGACUGCAUCUCCUGAUUCAACCAUCAGAAUCUGGCAUGUACCAACCUCCCAAACCACUUUACUACUACGCUGCCAUGAUGGGCCAGUGACUGGUCUCUCUCUGCACCCUACUGGAGAUUACGUGCUGUCCACUUCGGAGGAUCAGCAUUGGGCCUUUUCCGACAUAAACACUGGCCGGUUAUUGACUAAAGUUGUUGAUAACUCUAACGUACCUCUAACUACGGCCCAGUUGCAUCCUGAUGGCUUAAUUUUUGGCACGGGAACCGCCGACUCGCAGGUGAAGAUCUGGGACUUGAAGGAGCAGAGCAAUGUGGCCAACUUUACGGGUCACUCCGGCGCCAUAACGACAAUUUCCUUUUCGGAAAACGGAUAUUAUUUGGCGACUGCCGCGGAUGACGCCUGUGUGAAGCUUUGGGAUUUGAGGAAACUGAAGAACUUCAAAACCCUUCAACUGGACGAAGGGUAUCAGAUCAGAGAUCUUUGCUUCGAUCAGAGCGGCACUUACUUGGCAGUAGCUGGAACAGAUGUCAGGGUGUAUUUGUGCAAGCAAUGGCAGGAGCUGAAGGUCUUUAACGACCACACGGCGGCUGCCACUGGAGUGCGAUUUGGGAAGCAUGCCCGGUUUAUCGCUUCAACUUCCAUGGAUAGGACGCUUAAAUUGUAUGGUUUGGACUAAAAAAUACGUUUUUCUGUUCUCUAGAUGAAAUUAAGUCUAAAUAAAGUCGAGGACUUUAUCACCUUCAGAUUGGUAAUGCAUUUUGUAAAGCAAUAAAUCGGUUUCUGUCGUAUGA